AUGGCUCAACAGACACCUCCAAACCCGAUGUCGGCACCGUCCCCGACAACCCUCUCUUCGAUGGCACCACCAUUGUCAUCUCAAAUUCUCGAUUUUAGUCAUGAUAAACUUCGCGCGGAACAACAACAUGAUGCGAUAAUCGUCAAAAAACCACCCGGUCAUUUACAGCCUAUUCCACCACCCAAUGAAGUAUUUCAAGUGAUUGGCCUGGAUUGGUGGGGCCUAGCACCUGAAGAGUGCUAG